CUCGAAUUAGUUUUCUUGCCAUUUCAAAAAGGUUCUUUAUAUUUUCUCUUCUACAAAUUGGACAUUUUUUAAAAAAUUAACGUGCUAUCUUAAUCUCUCGGGACAGAAAUUAGAUGGAUUUUCAUAAUAAGAUUAUUGGUGAUUUGCGUCCGGUAGAAGCAAAAGGGAUUUGAGGAGCCGUUUGACUGCCAAGCUUUGUGAGACAUGCGUACCACCAUUUUAACAGGAUAAUUAUGUCUUUUUAUAUUAAAAUUGUUUUGGAUGGUAAAAGUAGUUUUUGGCAAAAUCACCCGCCAUAUGACGGAGAAAUUCAACGGUCCACAAGAGAGGCAUGUUGCAGGCGCAUGACCGACCAAAGAGAUGCGUCCACGUGAGACCCCAACCUGCUCCAAAUUCCCUCUUCCCAACCAAAUCCAUUUUGCACACGCGUCAACUCAUAAACCGACAACACACCAGUCAUCAGCCUUUUACAGUUUUACUUCUAAAACAAGGACCCCCGUGGACCCCACCCCCCCACCAUCAAAACUGCAAACAGGAGAAAAAAGUGACGUCCGACGGCGGAUUACCCGCCCCUUUCCGCUCAAACUACGGCUGCCCGUUUGGGUUCUCACUUUUUCCAACUUUCAAUUUUCGGGUUGUUGCCUGUCAAAUCAAUUCUUCAGAAACGGCGGCGUAUCUGCUUCCUUCUCCUUCAACGCCUGAUCAACCAAAAAAAGAAAAAUAUCAACAGUUUCAUCAAAAGAAAAGAUCACAAAAAGUAGUAAAUUUCCUGAUAUUCUUGCCCCCCCCCAUUAUUUUCUGGAUGAAGCCUUCUUCUUCAUCAUCUUCUGAAGUUCUCUUUGGCUUUCCAACGUUCAAGAUGGGUAUGUGUCAACAUGAUCCUGAUGUUCUUCGAUGGGGUCUCGAUCAACUAGUGGAUGUUUGUUCUCCUGGUAAUAAUGGUUCUCCCCAAACCAUUACUGGAUAUGAUAAGGACUUUUCUCAAGUCGCAUAUGUCAAAGAAGGAUACUGUGAGAAUGAUGAGACAAUUGCACGUGCUUAUCAAGAAGAACUUUCUCGACUUGCAGCUGUAGAAUCAAUGAGAUCAUCAAACCCCAACCAAGAGCAUCAGCAAGAGUCGGUUCUUGCCCAGGAUUGGUAUGGUUCUUCAGAUUGUCAGCGGGCUCAGGAUGCUGCUGAUGAAGUGGGAUUAUUCAAAGUGUGUUCCAGCCCUGGAGGAACUGCUGGAGCAGAAGAUGAUGAAUUAGGUUCGCCUGAGAUAGAAGAUGAUUCUAUUCUUGAUGGAGAAGUUGGGAAGCGGUUGAAUCAAAUGUGUCCUGUUCCUCAUGUUCCUAAAAUUAAUGGAGAGAUACCUUCGGCAGAUGAAGCUACAUCUGAUCAUCAAAGACUACUAGACAGAUUGCAAUUAUACGACUUAAUUGAGCUGAAAGUUUCGGGAGAUGGCAAUUGCCAGGUUGGUUUAAUACACUUUUUUCUGGAGUAUCAAUUUGUGUAUUCUUAUUAUAGAAUAUGUGAGUGAGUACAUGUAUUUGUUACUGUAAGAUCUUAUUAAAAUGAUUCAAUAAACUUUUAUGAGAUUAUUUUCGUGUUUGUAUUCCUUUUUUGACAUCUUUCCAUGUUUCGUCACACAGUCAAGGUUAGCUGUAUGGUUCUUUUUUUUUUUUCCCCUGUUGGUGAGAAUCACAUAAUUAUGUAUCAUGUUUUUUGCAAUAGUUUCUUUGAAAGUGUUCCCCUGGCCUACUGAAUCUGGGUUUUUGUGAUGCUUUAAUUCCUGCAUGCUUUUCUGGUGCAUCUGAAGACCUCUUUUGUUCCCCCUCUCUCUUAUGUCCUGUGGAAACUAUUUUUCUUCUGUCGUUAUUUCUCAUUGCAAUUUUGUUAAAGAAAGUCCUUUAUACAUCUCAGAUAGAUUGCAAUUUUCUAUUGUGUUUCCUUUAUUUGGCUGCUGAAUGCUUAUGAUUACUAAGUUUUGGGUGUCCAUUUUUUUUCAUUAAUUAAAUUUUUAAUAUUUUUCUUUCGUAGUUCCGAUCGUUGUCAGAUCAAAUAUAUCGCACUCCUGAGCAUCACAAGUUUGUUAGGCAGCAAGUUGUAGACCAGGUACACUGACUAUUUGUGCCUGAUGUAGCUACUUUUUUUAGUUCUUGUCAAAUUUUUGCGACUAUCAAAUGUUGAUGUUCUCAAUAUGCCAAUUAUCAGCUGAAAUCUCGUCCAGAAUUGUAUGAGGGUUAUGUUCCCAUGCCAUAUGAUGAGUAUCUGAAGAGAAUGACCAAGUAUGAUUUGGUUCUAUACACAAUCAUUAUUUUGAUGUUUUGUCAUAAGGCUUUCUUAGCCACUCGCUUAUUCUUUUUUCUUCAUUAAUGAAGAUUAAUUUUGCAGGAAUGGUGAAUGGGGUGAUCAUGUCACACUGCAGGCUGCUGCAGAUGCGGUGAGCUAUCUCACUUUCCUUCUUUAGACCUAUCAUUGUUUUCCUUCCUGGAAAUGUAUUCAUGCUGUUAAUAACUUCAUAAGAGUAAAGGUUGCAUAUUUUUGAGCUAGUCUCUUGAUUUUCUCUGUGUUUCGCCUCUUGUGCUUUGGAGAAAAUUGCACAGAGAUAGUUCUCGUUGACAAAAUGAAUUUCUAGGGAUCAGAAGUGACUAAAUUGUGUUUCAACUAGUUUCACUUGGAAUCAUGGUUUUGGUGGGAGAUUAGACCGUUUGCCAUGCGCAGUUUAUUUCUUCUCAAUCAUUGCCUCUUCUUACCGACAAAAAAAUAUGACUUUUCUGCAUUAUUUGAUUGCUUAGUUCCUCCGUUCUUCUCUUUUCUGUUCAUAUUUUUGUAGCUUUGAUCCCUUUUGCUGCUUUUGAAAUUUGUGUACAGUUGUCUUAUUCUUACUAUGUGCUUCUUUAUCUGACAGUACGGUGUGAGGAUAUUUGUGAUUACGUCAUUCAAAGACACGUGCUACAUUGAGAUUCUUCCGCAAGUUCAGAAAUCGGAUAGAGGUAAGUCAUAUUAUCUUCUUGCACUGUGAUCAAUUUAGUGAGAUCAUCUCAAGAAACAAGAAGAAAUUGGACAAAAGUAAACACCAUCACUUCUUUUACUGCUAUUUAUAAUUGGAGAUUUCACAAAUUCACCAGCACUAGUGCUUCAAGUGCCUUCUUAAUUGAGGAGUUUGACGGUAUGUUUAUUGGUGAUGCCGAUUGAUUUUAUUUUUUCUGCAGUAAUCACUUUGAGCUUUUGGGCUGAAGUACAUUACAACUCCAUUUACCCACCAGGAGGUAAAGCGUGACGUCAAACAGCCUCUCUUUUACAUCUUAGCAUGGUUUCCAUAGUAUCUGUACUUCGUUUUAGCUCUCCCUGAAAUGAAAUGUUUUCAUUUUGACGCUGUUAUUUGCAGAAUAUCCUGUGUUAGAAACCAAGAAAAAAAAGAAGUGGUGGUGGCCUGUGGCCAUGGUCUAAUUCUGUUACUGUCUACAGAUCUUCUUUUCUCGCAGCAUCUGCAGCCAUGAAAAGAGGAGAUAAGCAUUCCAGGAUCAGCCUGCGGAGUCUAGGAUAAAAUUGGCUGACGGUCAUCAUUUUAUACAUUUCUUUUCAUGUACAUAAGAGAGUUCCAGCUUUGAUUCUAGUAGGCAUUAGAUACCACUAUUCUUUUUGUAAAUAAUAGUCGUUUUUUAGGUUUUUGCAGACGUGACUAUGUACAAGUUGAGAUGAGCAAAAUAAAAAUACAUGAUCCAAUUUAUUUUUUUUUUUAAUUAGUACUCAGAUAAAGCAGUAAUGAUAACUUUUGUCGAUCACGAC